AUGGCCAAGUUCAUCCCAAGUGGCUAUGUAUUUGCCAAUAGUUUUAAUUGGACUAUUGCAAAUUUUUGGAGGAUCGUGUGGUCCAGGACGGAUUUCGGAGAUGACGAACGCAGUCUUAAAACCGCCAUCACCAAUCCAAUGGGUGGUCGUUGGUAUCCUUUCACCACCAUUCUCACCGACAUCUUGUAA